UCAUGCCAUCUGUGGGAACUUGGCUUCAGCCCAGAUACGAAGAGCACCCUCCUCCAGAGAUGCGAAAGAGACCUGAACCUGAACCUGAAAAGAGCUGGCUAGCUUGGCUCCUCCCAUCACGCUUCGGAGAGAGGGAGGUCUCCCAGAGGGACACCUCCCAGAGACAAAGUGCUCAAGCGGAAAGCUCCUCGUGGCUCUCCUGGAGGAGAAAGCCAAGGCCGGAGCCGCCCCCGUCUGCGGCCGCGGUGCCGGCGGUGCCGGCGGCGGCGGAAAAGGCGCAAAGCUCCUGGUUCCCAUCGUUCAGGUGGUUCUCAGAGCAGCAACCUGCAGAAGAGAAGGAAGCAUCCGUGCAAGAGGAGAGCUCGUCUGGUGAGACUCCGAAGCCAACGUCUCCAGUGCAAGCAGUACUUUCCACGUCUCCAUCAAACAACCCACCAGCGUGGAGAGUCUGGUUCUCGCCUGCCUCAGGCACUGACCCGCCAGCUGCAGCGCAACCGUCACCUCAUCCAGUGGAGGGACAGCAGCCAAGACCGGUCGCCUUCACCAAGGUGGUCGCACCCAUCGACGAAGUUCCACUGCUGCGCCUGGCACUGGAGCUGCCGGAGGUAAACGUGGAGAUCCAGACGCAAAAACACGUCAAGACCAUUGGCUUCGCAAAGUCGCUGCGACUGAAAUUACUGGCUGGCGACGAGUUGAACACCAAAGCCGAGGUGGCAGAUCUGCAGCUCUUGGUGCGCUGUUCAAGGCACAAGACGCCAGUAGACACGUAUCUCCUGCAUUCGGGUCACUUGGAGAAGGUGAUGUCCGUGGAGUACAUCUCCCGGGACUCGGAAGGCCAGCCCUUGAUUUCCAUAAAGGCUCAGAAUUUGGUCCUCUUCUACCAGCAAGAACUGUUUCAGCAGGUUACCAACUUCCUUGCAGCCGACUUCACCGUUGGAAAGCCGCGAACUUCUGACAGGAUGCCACGCCGUGGCUUCGACCGCUGGCGCCGACGUGCUAAGGCGCUUCUCUACACCCGGGGCCGACCGCGGUGCCAGCUGCAGCUCGGAGACCCCACACUAUUGGUACCUACGCGUCCGUGGCCUGCGCGAGCUCCACGUGCGGGUGGUGGGCCUGUCCUGGCGCUAAGUGCUCGGUUUGUGGAUGCAGUCUCAAGAGAAGUUUCGGAUGUGGAAGAUGAGGUAAGAGACUUCCAGCUUGUCCGCGUAGAUCGAUGGCAUGUGGAUUGCAACGGCUUGCAGCUCUUACACUUUCCUUCCUAUCGGGCCUUCAUGACAUCGAGGCCGCUGGACUGGAUGUUGUUGCAGGACACAAACAUCAAGCUCACCUGUUUGGCUAAGAGAUACGAGGAGCUGCUGCCUCCCGCACUCUUGGCGUUUGGUGUUCGGCAGACUCCGCAGGCCUUGACAUCCACGGAGGUGGAGGGUGAAAUGCAGUCUUUGGCCUUGAAUUUUAACAGCGUCGCUUAUGACUCCUUCAUCCGCGCAUUUCGUUUAUUACUACGAGGCCCUGCUGGUUCAUCGCCCCCUGUCGUGGUGCCACCUGUCAAUCAAGUGCGUGAGCCUUUGCGGGAGGAGACUUUCUCCGUGCCUCUGUUAGCUCAGGAAACACGGCCGCAGUCCGUGUACUCAUUCUCCAGCGAUGAGGAGGGAGAAGUGGCCCCGUCAACUAGCAACGCAUCUGGAGGCAGUACGGUCCCAAGCAUGAAGAGAACGCGCUUUCUAAGUGCAGAAUCAGGCCUUUUCAUGCAUUUGCAGAGCCCCACAGCCGAGGAACCGCCUACUCCUUUCUGCGCCCUACCAGACGAGGGGAAGGAGCCCGAGGGUCGCAAGACCAUGAGCAUUGCGACCAAGAUAGGUGUCGUCUCGCUUCGUUUUCAUUGCUUGAGCGACGCAACCGUGGAGCUCAAGGCUUCCAAAGCAGUUGUGGCUUUUGACCUUUUCCAAGGUUAUGCUCGCAUUGGUCUCGACAUGGCCGAGCUGGAGAUGUGUUCAGGAACCAGGUGCCUUGUACGUGCCGACUCCGAGUCCAAGGCGAAGGUCUCCCUUUCUUUGGUGGCAGCGUGGACCGCAGAGGCAAAGCUGCGAGAGGCCGAGGCUGCAGAUCUCAGGAUAUCGUUGGAUUUGCGAAAUGGGAGCUUCUUCUUCUCGCCGAUGUAUUUCAGGGAAUUCAUCAGCUUCGCCAAAACCACCCCGCCUGGUGAUGUCCUGAAGCUGCCUGGUGAUCCGUUGCUGUGGAGGAUUCGAGUCUCCCUUGACAAGGGCCUGCUCCACUGGGUGGAUGAGGCAACUAACAAGCUCUUUGCUGAGUCCAAGAUGAAACAGUCCAAAAUCUUGCUGGACCUGCAUCAGGACACAGUGUCUUUCAGCAGCUUCUUUGAAGACUUCAGUAUUCAGGACUGCUCUUCGGCACGGCGGCCAAUGAUCCUUGCAGCACAACCUGGAGAGACCUAUCACAUGGAGAUUGCUGCUCGUACGUUUUUAUCCAAUUCUCCCGAAUUCAGAGGUUACCACACGCAGGUCUCCAUCUCAUUUAGGGCCGUGCACUUGCAAUACAUGGGUCAGAAGUUCAUGAAAUGUUGGCAGUGGGUCUUCGGAUCCUUCCUUCCAGCUCUGACUGCGGGCCGACGUAAAGGAACUGUUGCCGCCGAGAGCAGCGAGGAGGAGACCAGCAGCUCAGCUUCCUUCGUGAGCGCCGAGGACGGUGAAACUCGUGAAGUGCCACAGGAGUCGGGGGAGAAAUUCCUGGCGGCAGCAAAGGCGGCUUCCACGACAGAGCUUUUCGUGGAGUUGGCUGAAGGAGACUUCGCAGCUGGACCUGCUUGGGAGGCCUGGUCAAACCACAGUGCCGGCCGCCUCCCCCAAUCGGACCGCUUUUGCGUGUCACUGGCCAUGGUGCCCCUUCCCAUGGCUUUCCUGGUGAUGGUGGUGGUUUUCGGGGAAGGUGUCAAGGUGGCUGAUGAUACAGCCACCUUGACACCUGAGGAGUGGUGGUUCAAACCAGAACAGCACAAAGAGAUGCUUCUGGAUUGGAUGUCCUCGUUGUCGUGCCGCGUGCAGAAGCGGUACCACGUGCUAGACCUUUUCGGGGCUUCCAAGAGGGUCGCAGGAACAUGGGAAAAGGUGACAUUUCUCGAAUUGCUUUACCAGAUUCGCGGUGAGCGUCUCUACCUCGCGGCCGAACAGCCGGCUUCCUCCUGGGGAUUUAAGCAGGUGUUCUUCAAGGCGCUGGCACAGCAGCUGGGGCUGAGUCUAUCCACGCUGUACCGGAAGAUGUCCGAAAAGGACAGGCAAAGAAUUGCCAAUCGCUUUGCCAAGCGUCAAGCCAGGAUGUUCAUGGAUGCCUGGAUGUUGCAGGAUAUUCCAGGCGAUCUAAAGGGUCCUUGGGUCAUGCCGCGUGCGUUAGAGCGAGUGCCGCCACCUGGCCUUCCGCCAGAAUGCGCUUUUGCGAACUGUAGUGCCCGCUCGACUCCACCACAGAUCCACAGCAGGUGUUUGGAUUUGAGUUCCGGUCGUACUGGGACCCCACAAUUUCUCCUCACUAGCAAUUUACUAGCACCCUGUGUUUCCCCAUUGGAUCCUCCCACGCAGAGUGCCAAACUUAAGCUUGUGCAACUGAGUGACGGCGCAACCUGGGUGAAAUCCAACGCCAUCAGCAAGACCAUCAAGGCUCCUGACAUUGACGCUCCGUUGCAUGAGGCACUGGUCCCUGCAGCUGCUGGGCCAGAUGAAGUACAUCCUGCUUCAGAGGCUUCUCAUGAUGUAGCUGGGACGCUUGCAGAUGCUGAGGCUGCUGAACGAGAAGAAGCGCGUCCUGCUCCAGGGGCUUCUAUUGCUGGGGCACAGGCAGCAGCAGAGGCCAGAGGAGGUUUCUUUUUGGAUCAGGGCCAAUGUGGACCUACCAUUUUGAUGCUGAGCAAGAAGAAGCGCGUCCUGCUCCUGGGGAUUCUGAACUUGGAGCUGGGGCACAGCAGGCAGCCGCAGAGGGGGCUGAGCCAGAAGAAGCGCGUCCUGCUCCAGGGGCUUCUAUUGCUGGGGCGCUGGCAGCCGCAGAGGAUGCUGAGCAAGAAGAAGCGCGUCCUGCUCCUGGGGAUUCUGAAGUUGGAGCUGGGGCACAGCAGGCAGCCGCAGAGGCAAGAGGAGGGGCUGCUGAGCCAGAAGAAGAAGAAGCGCGUCCUGCUCCAGGGGCUUCUAUUGCUGGGGCGCUGGCAGCCGCAGAGGCUGCUGAACGAGAAGAAGCGCGUCCUGCUCCAGGGGCUUCUAUUGCUGGGGCACAGGCAGCAGCAGAGGAUGCUGAGCAAGAAGAAGCGCGUCCUGCUCCUGGGGAUUCUGAACUUGGAGCUGGGGCACAGCAGGCAGCCGCAGAGGGGGCUGAACGAGAAGAAGUACCUGCUGCUGCAGGGAGACCCGCUGAAGGCCUCUACAGCACCUUUGCCGACAGCGCGGCGACAAGAGUCCCCACCUCCUCUUCCUCCGCCAGCUGUGGUAGAACCAGAACCACAGACUGGCAAAAGCCCUCCACAUCCAAGUGCCCCACUUUCUCAGACUUUCAAGAAAGAACUUUCUGAGAUUUCCAAGCGUCACAUGCCAGUGCCCGUCAAGGAUGAGAAACCAGAGGUUCCUGCGAAGAAAUCAAAGUCCACCUGUGCAGGCGAACCGAAGACACCGGAGAAGUUGGCCAAGGAGAAGCCGUGUCAGCGACCUUGGCGGGAACUCGACCAGCACAUGAUCCGGGGCGACUUUCUGUUGAACGAAGCAACGUUUGCAGAACCGCCAUUGGAAGCUCCUGUAACUCCACCCCCCAAGAGUCGUCGGACUCCAGGUGCGCAGUGUGCCUCUUCAGCAGCAUCGCAGCCUUCUGCUGCAUUGGCCGAGUCUUCUUCGAAGCAGGUGCAGUCUGAUGUCGCAGAACGGCAGCUACGGCAACGUACUAUGGAGCUCUAUGCUGAAUACAUCGGGAAACCUGGCGUCUACCUGGGGCUCCUGGAUAUAGCUCUUCUUGCAUUUCACUCGAAAUCAGACGUGGCUAUCCUUUACUAUGGUUCCGAGAACCAGAACCCCCGUAGGUUGGUGGAUCUCCUGAGUGCAUUCCUGGAACAAAGUGACUGUGACAACGUUGAUCUUGCCUCUGUCUUCCCGAUGCCGGACAGUGCACUACAUGGGGACCGUUGGUACAUGAUUGCAUGCAGGGCAGACUGGCGACAUGCUACACAAGUGAACGAAUGCAACCAUUGGGUCCCUGCCUUCCACAAGGAUGACAUGAAUGAGGCCAAGUGGAACCUGCACAAAGCUACUUUAGAAGCCCAGCUAGCUGCGGAAAUCGAACGUACAGCCAAAGAAUUGGCCAAGCUUGCUCAAAGUUCUGAACAACUAGAAGAAGACGAAGGUGUGGCCGAGUCACUCUCCGCUCAGUGGGUCAGCUUGGAGCAGAAACAAGCUUUCCUGAAUGCCAUGCACAGCAGGGACCUUAGCCCAGAUUUUGUCCCAGCAGACGGAAACUGUGGAAUUUGGUCAUUUCUCGCCCUCAAUGCGAGAGAACCGGGCACUACACUUUCCAAAUCUGAAAUGAAGGAGGUGCGAAAGGAGUUGACCAACCUGUGGAAGAAAAGCGCGAAAGAGCCCGUGUGGCAAAAACUCUUCUUUGCCUUCGGCUUGGACCGAGAAGUUCCUGUGCAGGUCAAUGCCAAGCAAAGCCGUGAUCCCAGAACCCCAAGGACCUCUCGCCGGGGACCCCGCAUACCUGAUGCAGACAAGCCCACGCCGCCGGGCAAACCGACGAGUACAAAAGCUGUGGGAGCUUGCCGGCCAGCGGCUUUUGGCCAACCCAAAGCUCCAGAGCCAAUUUUGGUGCCUUACAUUCCCAACAUUCCCAAGAAGCGCAAGGCUGCGCCACUACUGGAGGGUGAAGAUCCCGACCAGCAGGAGGAUGACGAUGACUCUGAAGCUGAGGAUUUGGCACCGGUUCGCAUCACACGUGCGAAACAUGGACGAGUAGGGAGGAAAAAGGUGGUGGAUAGCAGGCAGCAACAUCUGAAGAGGACCAGGACCUACUUGAGCGGCAUCGGCAUAACUUGGCCUGCCUUUCAGAAGAUUCAUGCGAGGAUGGCGCCUUUGAAGAAGGCGGGCAUUUGCACAGAAGAUGGGUUUGUCUCUCUACAGCAGAAGCUACUAGACCGCAAGGAGAUCAAAUGCCCACCGUGCUUGCAGCUGCUCCAGAACUAUGGGUACAAGUGCUCUGAUCAUUUUCAAGAACUAAAGCUUGAAGUUCCUGCCGAUGAACCUCAAGAACGCGGUCAAGACCCCGAGCCUGACAAAGCCCCGGGGGAUGAUGAGAAGCCAAGUAAGGAGACCUAUGAGGAGAAGAGAGAGAGGCGGAGACGUGAGUUCAACAAUGACCCAUGGGCAUUGGUUCGAAGCGAGGCACCUACGAUCACCCUUUUGCCGCCUGGCUCCUUUCGGAGGGCUUACCCGUUCCGAUGCAGUGCGUGCAAAACCAGACGAUCACCUGAUGGGAAGGUCGGAGACCUAUGCCAAGCUACCUUCAAUGCUGUGCAUUGGUUCUUGUACCAGCACUUGGAUUGCGACGCGCACAAAAAGAAGGUCGCCAGUCUGGCCGGAAAGUUGGGCGCUCGCGCAAAGCCCUUGGAGGUUGUGGAUUGCUCUGGGCUUUGCAUCUCUGAUGUGAUGGUGGGGGGGAAGGUGUACAAUUUCAAGGAGGAGUUCAACCUUUGGCUGUCCAUGAGCAAACCAAACGCACAGCUCGGCACAGAUCAUCACAAGUACUGGUUUGACAAAGGCUUGGACAGCUGGUUUGCGAGAUCCAAGAGUUGCAAGCUGAGAUGUGAGAAGUUGCCCGAACAGGACAGCGCAAUCUGCACUGAAUGUGAGAAGCUUGGUUCAGCCAAGUCCAUUGUCAGACAUGCUCAGCGCUUUUCCUACAAGUACUACCUUGCCCAUCUCUUGACCACACGCAUUUUCCAUGAGGAGCAGGAUGUAGAGGCCGCGUUGUCCAAGUUGAAGGGCUCAGCGCUGUACCGCACAGCAUGGAAGAGCAAGUUGGACAUUGCGAUAGACCUGGAUCUUCCCUCAUUGCAGCAGAUUGUGCGGGCAUCCUUCCUUUCGACCAACGACCAUGCCAGGAGCUCUCUGUUGAUCGCUUUCAUUGCGACUACCGUGAUCCCUGCUUGCCGCAUCAAUGUUGCAACUGUUCCUGCGCGCAUGGCUUCCUUGUGCGCCAAGUUUGCGGCGUUGAUUUCUGCAAAGCAUGUGGAUGACCAACAGAUGGCGCAACUGAAGGUUGCAAGCGCGGCGCUGCAUGGAACCUUCGAUUCCCAUCCUCUGAUAUUGGGGCUUUCGCUCCAAUGCAAGAGAAUGUGUGACAAAAUCAAGCGUGGAGUGGAGAGUAUGGUUGGCAGGAGAAGCCAGGAGAGCUCCCAUGAAUGCCAGCUGAUAAGUGAUGCGGGGAUUCAACUUGCAGCUGCCUCUGGCAAUUCACAUCUUGCCCGUGAAUUUGGGCUUUCAGCGGCGGCCCUCAGGACAAAGCUGGAUGAUUUGAAGCUCUACAACCUUCCGGUGCCAUGCCUUUCAGUCUUGUGGCCGGAGGAGCUUCGCCAAAACUUCGUGCUUGCCAACACGCGGUUUCCAAUGUUUCAGGGUCAGACCAAGCGACGCUUCUUUCUAGCGUUUGACGCUACGUACUUGAGCCCAUCACUUGCGCAGCUGAAGGUCCACGAGAAGAUUGGCAUGGUGGGGGGGUCCUACUUGGUGCAAAGCCCAGACCAUGCGUUCAUUCCAAUGGACGAAAAAAUGGAUUUGAGAAAGGUGCAGAAGUCGACUCAGAUGCUCGAAAUGCUGUUGUGGGACCCUUGCGGGCGCAGCAAAUGCCCAUUGUCCAUGUGCUCGCUGCCCGCAGAACAUGCAUUUGACAAGGCAUCAGAGCAAGGUUCGCUCUACAUACUGCACAGCGUUGGCCGGGUUUUGGCUCAGGCUGACAACUGCGUGAAGGCUUUGACUUUCGACAACCAUGGGAGUCACUUGCUGCUGCGGAGCAUCCUGUUUGGAGAAUGCAGAGACCGACUGCGCGAUGACUUGGCUGAUGUCCCUUUUUUCUCAUCCUUGCGGUUCCGGUCGUUGCCGGCCAACAGUUUACCUCGGGUUCCUGCGCAGAUAGCAAUGCAUGGCGAGGACAAUGAAGUGUUUUGGUGCAUCCCAGGCCACGCGAACAAGAACAGCGGAGGUCAGCUGACCUCUUCCCUCCGCACCAUUUUUUACGGAGAUCUGUUCGCCGACAUGACAGCCAGUCGGGAACAUGGAUUGCCACCUGCGGUUCUGGGGCGAGAAAAUGCAAUGUCAGAUCGCAUGCAGUCGCUCCUCUCCAAUCCCUUCUUUUUGGUCAGAGAUGUGGAUUGCGACCUGAGCAAGAUGCGGGUUCCUUGGGCCCUCCAGGGUGCCAUGUGCCACAAUUUGGUGGUAGCACUUUGCAUAGCGCCCUUGCUACACGGGGAUCUCUCUUUGGCAGAACGCUGCCAAGUGGCAGUGUCCGGCUUCUGCACAUUGGACCUCAUGCAGCUCCUGGCCAGCAGCAAGGCAUCGUCCAUGAACAUGCCCGUUGGUGCCUGUUUUAUGGCAAAACAGACAAUUUCGAACCUACAGGCAUGUGCCCUGUCAUCCAUGGUGAUGACGUGCACGAAGCCAGAGGAUUGGAAUGGAUGGUCCCGGGGAUUUGCACGCUGCUCGGAACUGACCAUAGAGCAGUGGUUCGGUCAGCUUCGCGUACAGAUGGCCAGCGCGCAGUUUACUGCGCGGCAGUACUGGCAAGCAGCGGCGCGCCGGCUGCUGAGAACCGGAAAGGAGCUGAACCGCCUCAAGCCUCCUACGCGGGACCUGCAGAAGCCGCUCACUGAUGUUCAGAAGCAUGUUGCAGUCUUGGACGGCAUGUACCGACAGGCUGUGACAGAUGGUAUCUUUGAAGCAGGUGGCAAUUUCGCGGUCUCAUUUGACGAACUAGAUGAUGAUGAGAUUGAAGAUGAAGCCGAUCUUCUCAAGCCAGAUGAGCAGACUGGUGAGGAUGAGUCUGCUGCCUUCAAACUCAUUCAGCAGGUGCGACAGGAGACGGCUGCAAUGGACCCAGAGAAUGAAGAGGAUGAAAGCAAGGACCAAACUGGUGAUGAUGUUGACGCAGAUCUCCUCGGGGUGCCUGAUGCACAGCAGAUGCGCUCAUUGAUCGAAGCCCCUGCGGACCCGAAGGAGCCUUUCUGCACAGAGCAGGCAAGAAGCCCACGCCAAGGGGAUGACGCAAACUUCCUGCCCAGCACUUUGACUGAGGCCAUGUCCUUGAGAGGAGACAUGAUGAACCGUCUUUUUCGCCUCUCGGUGCGGCUGCGAUGUGGAGCAGGGGGUGCUGACUCUGGCUUCCUCAAAAAUCCUCGCAACUGCCGGCGCCAGUCGAAGCACCUGAACUGGCAUCAGUGCCACGGCGCGCAGUUGGAUCGCAGCCUAGCACAGAUGCGUACUGAAAAGGAUGACCCAGAAUACAGGAGUCGAACUUCAAGGAUCCAGAAAUGGAUUGAAUGUGUCAAGAUUGCCCAGGAGGCCUUGAAAGUUCCUGUGGCGCCUCCAGAGCGGAUUAUGCCAGGGCUGGCGGUCCUUUUCACUGUGCCCGGGAACGGCCAGGGAAAUCGUAUCGAGGUUGGCUUCAUUACUUCCGUAUGGAAGGGAAUCAGCAAACCAAGGCAGACCGGCAGCGAGGUGCCAAUCGCAAGCUGCUUUGCGUUCAGGGCUUUGUCUUUGGACUUGAAUCCUGACAAGGAACCACCUGUGGAGUGGCAUUGCCAUUCCCGCUCAUUGGCAUGGGUGAGAAGGAUGGAAUCCCUGGUCACAAUCUUGGAUGUGGAACGCAGCUUUGAAACCGAGAAGGGCGAGUUUCACAUCAUUCUGUCGGAGGAGUCAGCGGCCGCGCUGGCACGCGUGGAAGAGAUCUCAGACAAACUUUGGGAUGUUGCUCCCACUAUGAGCAAACGAGGCCGCAUGGGACAGACGGAUGGCUUGGGCCCUCACCAGAAUGCUUCUGGAAAUGCAAAGCGGAAUCGGAAUCAGCGCGAGAGAAGACGCAAGCUGAGGGUGGCGAAACAGGACCGGAAGAUACUCAAAGCAGGUCAUGCCAGCGGCCAAGAGCAGCAAUUCACAGAGGAUUGCUGCCGCCGCAGUGAGGCCGGCAGGGCUGCAAUCAUAAAGUAUGUCAAGGAGCUCUACAACUUGGAUUGCAGUGCCUUUCCGAUGUCGCCUUGCUUCGAUGCCGACCACAAGUGCAGACUCAAACAUGAUUAUGCCAAGCAGCUGACAUGGACGGCUAUGUGCAGUGCUGUACCCCAAACUUUGGAAUGCACGUACCAUUUGGUGAAAAGUCCCCAGAUGUACGGAAGGGUUGUGUUCAAGCACUUGAACAUCAUCGAGAUGCAGCUGCGGAAGAGGCCAGCCAAGCGCUCUGGUUGGCUGCGUUUGUUGAGGGACAUUGCGGACUACAUGGCCGCUGUGCGACAAGCGGAGUCCUCACAGGUCCCGACGCUGACGAGGCUGCAUGUGUCCAUCGACAACGUCAUGGUCUCGAUUCCGCUGGAGACCGGUGGACAGGACAAAGAGCCUGUGGUAGAGAUCCGAGCCAGGUGCAUUAAGGCCAGCAAUGGCCCUUGCCGGCGGCAGGGUCGCAUUGGUCUUGUGGAUGCUUUGGCUCUCAACUUCGAGCAGGUGAGCAUUUUGGAAGCCGGAGGUGUGAGAAUGGUGGCGCCCCAGGAUAUGAGCGUACAGAUCGACUUGAACCUUCAGGUGCGGGAUCCACCGCUGCCAAUGCAUGUCCUGUGGCGAGCGCCAGCGCAUUGGGAACUUUCAUCUCGGAGCUUAGCGUUGCUGCGUGCAGCCUUCUCCAAGAAUGUUGCUGGCAUCGAUUUGGAUUUGCCGCAGACGACUCCGAGCCCUGAGCAGCUCAGCAAACCCAAGGAGUUUCCAGUUUGGCUGGUCUUCAGGCUCCUCUUUCACAACUUCAAGCUGCGAAUGCAGGAGAGCGAGAAGACUUUGGCAGAACUUGGUGCAAAGCAGCUCAUCGUGGAGGUCAAGAAGCAUGCAGCGCCGCGUGCAGUCAUCAGCUUCCAGGUAUGGGAGGCGCGCUUGAGCAGCGGCUUGCUGCCAGCACCUUUCAACCAACUGCUUUGCAAACGGCCUUCACCCAAGGCUUCUGCUCUUGGUCGAAAGGGGCCAUCGGUCUAUGGAGCAUACACCUCAGACCAUUCGACUGGGCAGGAAUUCCAGAUCCAUUGCAGCCGUCCACGGGUGCUGCUUCUGCUGCCGCUGCUGCGGCGCUGUUGGGCGUGGAUGUUUCCUCCAAAGCCUUGGUUUUCGCCUCCAAUCAUGCUUGGAGAAAGGCCGUCAAGCCAGACAGAGGUCAGAGCCGCACUGCAAGACGCUCAUGUGCUGCUGGUUGACAAGUUUGAGGAGAAGGAGGGGCCUCUGAUCUCUGUCCUGACCGACAUGCAGUACCAACUGGAGUCCAGUCCAGAAAUGCAGAAAUGGUGUAUAAGCUUUGACAAUCCAGAGGUGUUUUACACCCAUGGAUGGCCGGGUGUGGUUGACAUGGAGGUGAAAGAUUCAUUGAAGCAUCGUUCAUUGGCAAAGGCCAAAGACAUGGCCUUUGACGUGGUGACAAAGACCCAGUCAGAAGGCAACACACUGGGAAGACGCUUGAGCUGUCAGGAGCUUCGUGGCAACCUCUCCAAUUGUGACCUUCACCUCUGGAUCGCUUGCGUGAAGCGUGCGUGGGGCAUAACGAAGGAGUUGCCCGAGGAGCCCAAGGAUCAGUCCAACGACUCCAACGGCCCAGAGAACGCCAAGACAGCCCUGGAGCUUGACUUCAGAGACGUGAAUGUCACCCUCUUAAGCGAGCACGAUUGCACAAACCCGGGGUCGUGUCCGCGGUUUUUGAAACUGCGCAGCUCGGAGCUGUUCUUCAGCCAGUCCGAGCGCCUCGCCGAAGGCGUUGAGCGCCGCAUCAGAGCCAAGCUGAGCCUUUGGUUAUUCAACCAUAUUGCGUCGGACUGGGAGCCCUUGUUGGAAGGGCAGCCGCUGGAUGCCUCGGAGCCAAGGCAAUAUACGAUAAAGGCGGUAUGUAAUAGUCUGUCAGAUGCCACUGAAGAGGGGCCAUCAACCUCGAUCAGCAUCGAGAGCGCAGAUCGGCUGCUGGUGAAUGUCUCAGAGCUUUGUUGGCAUGUGCUUCCCGCAUUGAGUGCACCCUGGUUGGCGCCAGAUGGAGUGAUGCCGCCUCCGCUUUUGUCUCCGUAUGCUGUACGCAACGAUCUUGGCAUGCCGAUCGCUCUGCAUUUGCCCCACACCAAAAAUGGCCGAGCCAGAAGGGUCCGUUUAGAACCCUCGUCGGAGCAGCGCCUGGAAGCUCCGCAUUGGACCGAGGAGUCGAAGGAGUCGAAGGAGUCGAAAGAGUCGAAGGAGUCGAAGGGCUUUCGGACUCGAAACCUGGCCACGGUGGAGUUGGAAGGUCCGCGGGCAGUCGAGGUGGAAGGCAUUUCUUUGGAUUGUGUGGGACGACGGGUUUAUCCUCUUCCAGCAGGAAUGACACGCUCAAGCAGAAGUUCAAGCGAGCAGGUGCUGCCCGGGCAGGCCCACCAAGCAGUAGUGGCUGCGAGUCGCAAGGGCCUAACCAGAGCAACAAGCCAUCCAGAAUUGAGGCGUGUCGAAGAUGCCAAAGGCACUCGUUUUUUGCCGACGCCCUACCUGGUUUGCCGUGUGCAGGCCAAAGAGGCGUACAAAAAGAUCGUUCUGGAGCCACCUGCGCGGAUCAUCAAUCAGAUGAACGUGUCUGUCGAACUCAAACUCUCAGUGAAUGGAAAGGAGAUUCUCCGCACGGAGGUGCCUCCGGAGGGUACGGCUGUGCCGCUGGACCUGCGUGGUGCCUUUGUGGCGCGGCCAACGAUGUGGCGAGGUGUUCAAUGGAGCCGGGAGUUCCUGUUCGAAUGGCUUGGUUCCACACAGCAGGCUGGGGACUUCAGAUGUGCUUCUCCAGGGGACAAGGAUGCGGAAGGCUCCUUUACAUUCUGCAUCGAGUGGCAGACCGAGUUUAUUCCGCAUCAUGACUUGUGCGCCCCACAAUACACAAUCCGCCUUUGUGCACCUGUGACAUUGGUGUCUGCUCUGCCGGUGGCAUGCAAAUGCGAGGUUCGCCAGGUGAAGUCGACGGGUGAAAUCGCGUGGAGACAAAUCAGGGACCUUGCCGCUCUGGAGAAAUGCGAAAUCCACUUCGUUCCCGUCUCUUUGAAACUGGAACUGCGCCUAGCCAUCUUUGGUGAUCUUUGGUCAGACCCCUUGGAGUUGAAGCAACAGAUGGACAAGGUCAGCAUACCUGUGCCCGUUGACGGAAUUGCCGAGCACAACACACACUUUCAGCGCCUGGGCAUUGUGUCCGCCCUUGGAAAGCCCUUGACCGUCGUGGUGCAUAGUCCUACCUGGAUUGCUGACCAUGUUUGUGCGGAGCACCUUGGCUUCGCUUUCCAGGGAAAGCAGGGACCUGCGAAGGACGUGUUUCCGGUCAAAGGCACCCAAGGCACCGAAGGCAAACCUCGCAUGCUACCCUUGGACUGUCGGGCCACUCAUGUUGGCUUCAAGCUCUUUGGGCAGUACUGCAUGUCAGAGGCGGUGUCCCUGGCGGCGCUGAGCGUCACGCAGAUGCCAUUGAAGGCCAAGCGAAAAGAGGCUCAUGCUCACGAGGAAAUGCUUCUAGGCCUGCACUUUACCGAGCGUAUGGAAGCCGGCUUGGGCAUUCGGGUUCUACAUGUGGUGCCUGGACAGGUAGCCGUGAACGCCACGGGACGGAAAAUUUCGCUGCGUCCUGCUUCGCGUUCCAGGGCUGACACUUCAACUGAGCAUAUUCUGGAACUGGCUCCCGGAGAUCGAAUCCCAGUGCACUGGGGAAAUGGACAGGAGCUCUUCCUGCAAGCAUCCAUCAGUACGGAAGCAAACGGAGUUGAAAAACAUCUCAAUGGUCAGAGCUGUCACAGCUAUCCUCGGUCGCACUGGUCUGGCCGAUUACCGGUAGGCAGUGUCGGGGAGUACUCCUUUCAGUACGCUUCUUCAAGCUUGGAAAAUUUCCGCGUGGAGGUGCGAAGCGUUGACGCCACGAAGUAUUUUGUUUUUCGUGAGGCUGGGAACAGCACACCUAUCCUUUUGAAGAAUCUGAGCUCAGAACCUCUGCUUUUCCAACAGGACCUGCCCCCAAGCUGGUCCAUGGAGGCUUCUGAAGACAACUCGGAUAGACAGAGGUGGUUUUCCAAGAGCUUCACAAGCAGCAGCCACAGCACGCCGGAAAUGGUACACCAUCGAGAUCGAGGGCUGAAGCUUGAACCGGGCCAAUCUAUGCCGUUCGCAUGGGCAGAACCAGCGCCAGAGCCGCCACAUCAGCGGAAACUGGAGGUACGCAGUUGCAGAGCACCACUUGUUGCACGCCUGGUUUUGGAGAAGACCGAGAGGUCUCUCCCCUUGCCAAUUGCCUCUCAACCGAAGCUGUUCUACGAUGUGGUAACCUCUGGCCCCAGCUUGGUGAUGACUGUGAGAAAUGAACCAAGGCCAGAAGUAGCUGUGCGAACUUCAGGUGGCGAGUUACACGAGUUACAGGUGAAGGUGAAUCUCGCCGGACUGGGCUUCUCCUUGGUCGCUCCAACCUCCUGUGCUUUUCCAGAAGCUCAGGAUGACGGCGACGUCCUUCGGAGGGAGAUGCUGUACUGCUCUGUGGACAAAGUGCUGGGAAGCUUUCGCCGCUACGAUGACAUUGAGACAGCAGAGCUUACCUUGCAGGAGGUGCAAGUGGACAAUCAGCGCGAUGAUGCCAUGCACCCUGUCCUGUUGAAGCGCCUACGCAAAGGGAAGGACGACGCAGCGCCGCUUUUGCGCUUGGAGUUUAGCCGUUUUUGUGACCCGCAGAGACCGCAGCUGCUGAAUUUUGAUCGCUUGGAACUGGGGCUGAGGAGAUUUCGACGGGGGCGUUGCGAUUUCAGUUCUGUGAGUUCUUUGGGUCCUGUGCUUUUGAAUCUUAGAACUUUUUCCCGGGGCUGA